CCCCACUCAAGUCAAUCGUAAACACGUUGAGACCAACACGUGCGACACGCAGCUGAUAUUUUCCAUAUUUUGUAUUUAACGCUGUAAUUACACAGAAUUUACCACAAUGCAACAGAGUGACGAUGUGGUGUGGACCAUCAUUAACAAAUCAUUUUGUUCCUUUAAAAUUUCAACUAUAUCACAAAAAUUUUGCCGAAAUGAAUUCAACUUGACUGGGCUGUGCAGUAGAAGUUCCUGCCCACUUGCCAACAGCCAGUAUGCUACAGUAAGAGAAGAAAAGGGUAUCAUAUAUUUGUAUAUGAGAACAGCAGAAAGAUGUCCAUUCCCAGCAAAACAAUGGGAGAAGGUCAAACUUUCCCGCAACUUUGUCAAAGCUCUGCAACAAAUAGACGAAAAUCUGGUGUUCUGGAAGAAGUAUUUCCGUCAAAAAUGCAGACAGAGGCUUCUGAAAAUCACACAGUAUCUGACUCGUAUGAGAAAGCUGAAAUUAGGAAGAAAGAAAAAAUUAGUACCAUUGAGGCGGAAACAGGAGGUGCGAUUGAAGAGACGUGAAGAGAAGGCUCUUGUUGCAGCGAGGAUUGACAAUGUUAUUGAGAAACAGCUUCUGCAGAGACUCAAGGAGGGAACGUAUGAACGUAUUUACAACUUCCCACAAGAAGCCUUUGACGUGAGAGUUGACGGGGAAGAAGUAGAAAGCGAUGUUGAUGAGGUGGAAUAUGAUGAGGAUAAGGAAGAAGAGGUGGAGACUGAUGAAGAUGUGGAAGGACAGUUGGAGAAGGAAGUUGUAAAUGAUGACGACGACGAUGAUGA